AUGUACGAACGGAGACCAAACUCAAAAAUGCGUGGAUGCUGUGGGAGAGAGUCGGACAGACCAACACAUAUUCUGGAUGGAAACCUCGACGGAGGCAGCAACUCGUCAUCGGUUGUAUCGGUGCAGGCAGAAAGAGCUGCAAGACAGAGUCCAGUGGCAGCCCACGCCCGCGUUAUGAUUUUGUGGCCAUUUUAUAACUAA